GUAUAGUACUGAAGCCACUAACGUGCCGCCGUACCCUCUCUAACCAGCUGACUGGGCGCGCGCCUUUUAUAUAUCUGCAUCGCUGGAUCCUCACCAUUCACUCCAUCACAAUGGCUGGGAUUUUACUUGUUGCAUUCCUGUCCCUAGCAUUCGGCACCACUGAAGGAGCAUCGGGUUCUUCGUGGUCUUAUGGAGAAUCAGACGGACCCGGUCAUUGGGAGAGCGCCUACCCAAACUGUGGCCUCAACCGCCAAUCCCCAAUCAACCUCCCAAACUCCCAGGAUAUGGUCUACAAUUCUGAUCUAAAACCAUUCAUGUUGAAAGGCUUCAAGAACCCCCAGGAUUACAAACUGAAGAUUCUCAACAACGGACACACAGUUCAAGUGAACGUGGAGGAGGGGGAUCUGACGGUGGAGGGUGGAGGACUUCCGGGUCGCUUCAAGACCGCCCAGUUCCACUUCCACUGGGGUAGUGACAACAUGCGAGGGUCCGAACACCUGUCGGAUGGCAGUAGUUAUCCUAUGGAGCUCCACGUGGUGAAUUACAACGAGAAGUACGGCAGCCUAUCGAACGCCGCCUCCAAGGAACGCGACGGCCUGGCCGUGCUCGGCUUCUUCUUUGUGAUAUCGGAUGAAGAAAAUAGUGGACUUAGAACUAUGCUGAACAAAUUCAAGGAUGUUAAAACCAACGGAGCUAUGACAGAAUUGACCAGCUUCAGUAUCGAGUCCAUGCUUCCGCUUGCUGUCGGUAACCCGGACCAUUUCUACCGCUAUUCCGGAAGUCUCACCACCCCGCCAUGUCACGAGAGCGUGGUCUGGACCAUAUUUGAAAAUGCUAUUUCAAUUUCAGAACAACAGAUGGCCAUGUUCAGAAAACUUCUAGAGGAUAACUUGACGAAUGGUACCCACGUAAUAGUAAACAACUUCCGGCCUGUGCAGCCUCUCGGAGAACGACAGGUGAUGCGCAGCUUCGAGUUAAAUUCUGCCUCGAACAUCCAUCUUUCAAGUCUAGCAUUGUUUCUGUUUUUAGUGUGUUUUAUUUAGAAAAGUUAGUCAAAUACAUACAUUUUAAAAUCCACAAGAAUAUUAUAUUGUAGCGUUUACAUCUGUAUCACUAAUGAACACAUGCACAAGGCAUAUAAUUUUUUUUUCGAAAUGAAAAAAUUACCCCUACCUUAAUAAUAAUAAUACACUAAACAUCUUGUAUCAUUAGGUAUGGGGUCAAUUUUUCGUUACGAGAUAGAAUAAAAAUCCUCUUUUGUCCGGGAUUGUGACACAUUCUGUAUAUUAAAUAAUAGUCCAUCGGUACGGUAAAUGCGUGCUUAUCUAUAGGGGAUUAUUUAAAGCGUGUAAUGAAAUCAAAACUGUGCAUGUUUUUAUUGGUACAUGGAUGUAAAUUAUCACAAAUGUAUGAUCAUCAAAGGGAAUUAAUCCAAUGUGCCACUGUAUUUUAUUUUGAUUUUUUUCCUAUUGUUUACCUGCGAGUGGUUGGUGUAUAUGCGUAGAAACUAACUCAUCCAAACGUUCAUUUCACCAGUGAAGUACAUGAAAUGAUAUUUUCUAUUUGUACAUGUAUAUUUGUAAUUGAUUCUUUAAUGAGAUGUUAAAUUGUCAUUUAGCUUUCAUCAUAGAUUUGUUUGUCUGUAUUCAUAAUAGUAAUCCGUUUUAUUUUAUUGUCCAUAAGCUGCUUUUUUAUAUCAAUUUGUAGAUGUGACAGAUUUACAAUAUUUUUACUUGACAAGAUGAAAUCUAACAAAUAAACUGGAGCCCUCUAAGUGGUGUGUACUUUAGUUUGUAAACAACUACAAUCAAUAAAUUAUGAGCUGUUUUAACAACAUUGUGUGUUUUUGGUGGGGUGUAACUGUGAGAAUAGAAUCAAACAAAUUUGGAUUUCUAUCGAUGAACCAGAUUUGUUCCUUUCAAAUCGAUGUUAACACUACUUCAAAUUCACAAUACUGUUAAACUGACUUGCUCAUUAAAAUGCUGGACCUUU